UUACAGAAAUAUUAGAGGAGUUGGUGUCGAAAAUACCAUCAGCAAUAAAAGAAGCAGAUGAAAAUGGUUGGGUGCCACUUCACUUAGCAGCAUUAAAUAAAAAUUCUGAAUUGGUAGAGGUUUUGUUAAGGCAUGAUAGAAACACAGCAUACAUGAGAGACAAUAAGGGAAGGACGGCUCUUCACUUUGCUGCAUAUUGUGGAAAUGGUCUGGCCAUGAGAAAGAUAAUAGAAUAUUGUCCAGAUUGUUCAGAGUUGGUGGAUCACAAGGGCCGCAAUGCUCUUCAUUAUACUACAAGUCUUGAGAGAGGCCAACUCCCAUUCAUUGGAAGAUUAAGAGCUGCAGAAGUGUUUAUGGACAGGCAACAACUAAGAAACAUGCACAAUGAGAAAGACAAUGAUGGCAACACGCUCCUUCAUCUCCUUGCCCGUUAUGCUUCCACAUGGAAAGAAUAUCAUUUUCAUCAUCUUCUGAAAGAAAAUACAAAAGUGGACACGAUGGCAUUCAAUAAAAACAACCAAACUGCUCUUGAUGUUGCUUAUGAUAAUGUGCCUUCAACUUCACAAUAUGAGAACUUGUUCUUGCGAAAACUUCAACAAAAAGUUAGAGCAAGGUUUGGUGAGAGUCAUAAAUGAUGAUGUUAAAAAGACGAAGAUAAAAAAGAAGAUAUGUGAUUCAGAAGUUGAAAAACAGAAACAAGAGGAGAACGAUAUCACAAAAAUCUAUAGCAAAGUAAGACAAACCUUGCUUGUGGUGGCCACAUUGAUAGCAACAAUAACAUUUGCAGUAGGAUUUACAUUGCCUGGGGGUACCAUACAAGACGGUGAAAAUAAUAAGGGCUCUCCCAUAUUGAUGCACAAUGCAGCUUUUAAGGCAUUUGUGAUAACAGACUCUCUCUCCUUUGUUCUCUCUGCUUCUGCUGUCUUUCUCCAAAUUUUCUCCUCAUUUGUGGAGGGAGAUAAAGAUACCUUUAUCAUCGAUCGAGGUAUGUUCUUGGCAGCCUUGUUGCUUACAAUGUUGGGAAUGGUAUUCAUGAUAGUUGCAUUUGGAACAGCCACAUAUGCCAUCUUGGGUUCUUCCAUAGCUCUUGCAGUUGUCACUCUUCUUAUUGCAUUAUCUUUCUUCUUUACCUUUGUUUUUCGUCAAUAUCUGAUGCGCAAGGAUGAAACAAUGCCAUACUUUUUUCCUGAAUAUUCUUUCCUUACAGGGGAAGACAUGCAAUUGUUGGAUAGCGUAUGAGAGCUCCCGAAAACAUUUCAAAUAUUUUUUUCAUAAUAAAUUCAU